AAACAAAAUGGCGGUUUGACUUGUUAUGAAAUGGUUGUUAUUUUUGUUGGAAAUUCAAGGCAGUCAUAUCCAGUCUACCGCAAUAAAUAAUGGGAAAGACUAGAGCAAAGAAGCGUUCGUCAUAUCGAUACAGAGCCACAGGUCUUCCAAGUGUGAAAGAGGUGGAAAGUGAAGCUCAAAAGGAUGCUGGUGUCGGUGUCAAAACAUUACCUCUGGUCGAAAAGGUUAGCUUUUAUUUCUUACAGGGAAGACUGGCAGUUUUGCUAGUUUUCACCGAGAGGUAGGCUGGUAGAGAAGGAAAAUAUUUAAAAAACGUAUGAUGCAUAAUCUCACACAGGUGUUAAAAACUCAAAGAAAUACUUGCGACAUGAACAUAAACAAAGCUGAACAUAUGAUGUACUGUGUGUGUAAAAAAUCGUCUGAUCUAACAGACUGUGUGUUAAAAGCGGUACUUUGAAAAUAUUCAGUGGUUUUCACUUACUACCUUGUUCACUCGUAAAAUAAAGUAAGUAGUAUACAGUUUUCGCGAUAAAAUGCAGCGUAAAAAAACUAAUUUGACUUUCUUGUGAUGGUGAAUUUCACUUAUUGAUUCAAGAAAGAAGUCAUCUAGGAUUUAGAUGCUGUGCUUGUGUAAAAAAGAAAAAUAUCUUUAAGAAUUAACUUAAUUUUUCAAGGACAAAGCAAAGGGGUUUCCAAAGGUGUAUGUCAUCCCUCUUUUUGUUUUGGAAAAGUGAUGUCCAAUGUUUGUUAAAAUAGAGCAUCCUGAGAUACCUUGCAAAGCCAUGCUUACAACACUUUUCACCCUUCUGGAAGUUCCCUUGAUCUUGCUGAUCUAAUGUGGUGGCUUGACAUCAUGACCAGAGGUUUCAUCAUGAGCCAGGCUCUGGGCAAACUGACCAUCUCUGAACAGAACUUUUUCCAGCUGCUUGGUCAUGUUUUUUAUAGUUGUAUCCCAGCUAAGCAAAACCCCAUGGGCCUUGCAGAUUUUCUACCCAGGGACCUGUUUCUCAAAGUCCUAGUAACUUAAUGGGUCCGAAGCCAUAUUUUUACAAUUAAGAUUUAAAGAAUCACAAAGAAGGUUGUGGCUCCCCAACCAGACCAUUUUGUUUCUUUAGCUGAUUAUUUAAUUGUAUAAUUUCCAGACUUUUGAAACCCCCAUUUUGAUUAAAACAGAAGAGCUUUAUGGCCUUUAAGUUAUGGUACUUUUGAGAAAUGACCCUCAGGUGUCAUAUUCUCAUGCCCUCCUGUUAAAAAUAUUAUCAGAAACCCUGCAUGACUAGGUUAUGGACUGUCCACUUACUGGACAGGCUGGCUAUGAAGGUAACCGAUGUAAAAUUAUUGUUUCUUUUUUCAUACAUAACAGUUGACAAGUGCUGUUUCUACUGAACGCGAGUGUGCAUGUGCCAGUCUGGCCAACCUUGUGUUUGACCAUGCAGCCAUACCAGCCCUUUUACAACAAGAUAUUGUGAGAAGACUUGGCCCCUUGCUGAUUGAUGAUAAUAGAGGAAUUCAGGAAGGGGCUGCCGGUACAUUAAGGUACAGUAUACCUGUCAUACCCUCUUCUAGACACACAUUCUUGAUUAACUGCCAUUUUUUAGGUUUAAAAUUGAGAAUCACUUAACUUUUAUCCUGAAGCGUGGAGCUUUUGAAUUUCUUUACAAAAAAAAAUUGUGUCUUGUCUUAAUGUAGAAAUCUGAGUAUUUCUGGUGGUCCUGAGGUGUGUAUUAAAAUGGUGAAACAAGAUGUCAUGACUCCACUUACCACAUUUGUACAGCAGGUAUGUAUGCUAUGUGAUCAUAUUUCCUUUUUUUUUUUCAACUUGUAGAAGAUUAAUAAUUUUUUUCAUUUUAAUUAGUCCCAUAAGUGCACCAUGCAUAAUUAUUUAUAGUGCCUUUCUGUACAUUACCUUGGUUGCACUCAGUCUCGGUAUUCAAGCCUGAUAUGGAAUGAACAGUGAGAGAUUAUUUUUUCUUCUAGUCUCUUGAUUCGUUGGGUGCCAUUGACGAGACUCUAGGGAGUGAGUUUAAAAGACAGUCUACAAGCUUGGCCAUCCAGGCUGUAAGCUUAUUAUGGAAUCUUUGGUGAGUAAAGAUUCCACACAACAAUCAGCAUAGCUUAAGUCACUCAAUUUGAAAAUGAAAAGAAUCAAAAUCCAUUAACCCUUCAACUACCAAGAGUGACCAAUGCCUAAUUUCUCUGUAUUUCAUCACUGCUGAAUCAAACAUUAAGGUUAUGAGAAUAUUGGAAAUGACCACCCACUCAAAAAAGGCUUUGACUGUUUGACUAAUUCUCCUCAUCAGUAUCAUAGGAAAUGUAUGGAGAACAGUAAAGAGAAUAUGCAUACUGAUAUUAGGGUGUGAAGGGUUAAGUGUAAUUGUCAUUAUUAUACAUAUAUGGUGAAGAUCAUCUACAGGUUAGUAUUUAGUUAUUGAAAAAAUGCAAGAGUAACUGUGUUGUUUUGUUGUUUAAGUUUUGCAAUGAUUCAUAAAUUUCUGAGAAUCACAGACUAAAAAAGUCACUUAAAAGUGCAUUUGUUGUCUGAUACCAUUGCUGAGAGAAAGAAAGGUUGCUAAAUAUUCAGCUAAAGGUCUCCAAGAAUUUCACAUGAAACUAACCCUUUGGAUAUAUUUUUUUGCUGACAUUAUUUUCUAUAGUGAAAGCAGUGAUGUUGCUGUGGAUAUUUUCAACAAACAGGGUCUUUUACCAUACCUUGUUGCAAGCCUGAAGACUGAAAUUUACCCAACAAGUGUUGCAAUUCCAGCAGGUCAGCUUCUGUACUGUUACUACUAUGUCUGUACUGAUUUGUGUUGUGCUGCAGUUAACUCCAAAAGUCCUGAGAGUGAUUUAAGUCAAAACUGUCACUUUUAUAUUAAAAAGUCAUGAUAGGAAAAUUACCAGUGAGGAGAAUAACAAUCUUUUUUUCUCCAAGGACCUGAUGUAUUGAGUAAUUCUCUCUUACCACUUCUUCAUAUUGUCUUAUUUAUUUGUUAAGAGAAUAUGGUCACAUUUAAGAUAAAACUUUCAAGUUGAUAAGCUAGUCUAUUCUUAUAACUUUUUUUUCUAGGUAUUGAACUGAUAUAUUCUCUUAAUAAUAAUUAUUAUUAUUAAGAGAAUAUACAUGUUGAUCACCUGGGAAUUGAAGCAUAAACAGACUGGCUCAAUGCCAUUACUGAUACACAACUACUUUGUAAGUGAUGCUUCUUUAAAAGUAAGAUUGUGUUAAUUUCUUAUCUUUUUUAUUAGCUCAAUGCCUUCAUACUGUCACUGAAGACAAUUCUUCAGCUGCCCAGUGCCUUUGUUGUUCAAGUGACCUCAUGAAGACCCUUGAAAAGUCACUCAUGGCUGAUGGGUCUUCUAGUGACAUGCUUCUGUUAAAAGUUUUGACUGCAGGUAUGUUUCCUGAUAAUUGGGCUGAGUUACAAUGUUUUUUAGAUGAUUGGGUGAGUGUUCAUGAUGCAUUGGAAAUCAGAUAAUUCCCCAACUAUCAACCAUUGUAUUCUGGCUAAAUUUUGAUAGCCUAAACUAAUUUUUAUCUUGACAAGGAAAUUUUUAUCUUAUUACUUUGUGUGACCACUCUUAAGCAAUUAAAUUUUGUAAUGAAACUAUGUGUGCUAUUUUAAAUGGUGAAUUGCGAAAAUUGAACACUUGUCAACUAUUUGCUGGACAAAAUAUUAAUAUUCCAACACUGUAAGGAGUAAUAACACAUCAGUUACUUCUGGAAGUUAAAAUUUCUCACAAUUUCAGCUAGAACCUUUGGUUGAUAUGAAUAACUACUGCUGCUUGUAAUGUAAAUAGUUGUGCUUCAGCUGCAAGCAUUCUGUAACUCAGCAGAUGUUUCAUGAUCAUGCAGGUGUGUUGUAUAACAUCCGCUACAGUAUUCCACCAGUCAGUUUUCAUGAACUCCUUCAGGCUGUUGUCAAAGUCUUGGCCCAAGUUCUUGAUGUAAACUGUUUUGAUGUCAUCAAUAAACUCCUUCCAGAGCCCACCAAGGUAAGAGGAAAUUACUGUUUUGUAAGUGUUGAAUUUCACAGAUUUUUUUUGUCACAAGUUUUACCUAGUCACUUCUGAUUUUCCAGAGUAAUGCCUCACCAAUUGAGCUAAGGAGAAUUAUUGUAGUGCUAUUUAACCCUUUAACUCUCAGGAGUGAUUAACAAGGAACUUCCCCCCAUAAUAUCUAAACAUUAUUCAGAAAACGGGUGAUGAGAAUAUUCAAACUUAUCAGGUUUAAGUUGUUAUCUUGAUCUAACACCAAAUUCUUCUAACCUAUUUUCAAGGAAACACAUAGCAGCUAGAGGAGAGAAUUAACAAUCAGAUCUUGGGAGUUAAAGGGUUGAUCCUUUACACUCUACCAUCCAUCUGCAUUUUCUCACUACUUUUCUCUGUACAUUUCCUAAGAUGCUGACAAGGAGAAUUUGUUCAAGAGCUUCUUUAGUGGGUGAUCAUUUCCUUUGUUCUCGUGACAUUGAUGUGUGAUUCAGAGGUCAUAUUGUAGGGAGAAAUUAGAUGGUUGUCACUCGAGGAGGUCAAAGGGUGAAGGGGAAAAAACCUUAUUUCUUGAAUGGUUUCUUUGUUAGAUUGAAGAUGUACAGAUGCUGUUGAAUGCCCAGCAACUUGCUUUAGAAAUUCUCUCAAACAUAUGCUGCCCUGAGGGUAAGUUUUAUACUUGAUAUGCAAUUAUUUAUAAAAUGUUAAUUGGUUUAUUCAUCUGAGGUUUGUCUCAGAACAUAUGGAUGUUAAAAAGCUUAGCAAAAGACAUGCCAUCCCAUUUUGUGUUUUUAAUGGGCAGGGGAUGGUAGGUUUUGUUUUCUUUCAUCUCAGAGUAUGGUUAUUAUUUGUUUAAACAAAAGAAGUAGGAACAGAACUGGUGUGAAAAAUUGUUAAACCAACAAAAACUUCGAACCACAACACAUGUACAUUUUGUAUCAGCUUACAAAGAGGUUUUGACCAAAUUCUUUUGGCUAAUUAUUUUUUUAAUGUGCUUAAAUAUUCACGUAGUUAUUCAAGUAAAGUUACUAAACUCACCUACGUUGUCAUGUGACUUAAACUCACUUGUGUAUGCUGUACCUCAAAAGCCUCCAAGUAUAAGUGUGCGAAAAACUCGAAAUAUAAGAUUAGAACUAAAUCAUUUUCUAAGUCUUUUAAUUUAAUAAUCAUCCUUCCAAAAAAAAAUAGAUAAAGUGUCUUAUUGUUGAGUAUCAUAUCAGUAAGGGAAUGUAUGGAGUGAGGUUGAUCCAUACAUCUCUUCCUGUAAUCACAUUCACCAACUGCUGAUGCUGAAGGCCAUUAUGAGGAAUACUGAAAUAAUACCCAUCAGGACAGACAGGUUUAGCAUAAUGCCCUCUCACGGCACUCGUCGCCCAGAUGCUGGCAUUUUUGUUUGAUUGACAAGCAAACAAAUGGUUUUCUUGACAGUCGCACAGAUGCCAUCUUUCGGUCUCCCCACGCAACACUACACAGGAAGUGUCGGCCAGUGGCUGUGAUGGUUCACCUUCAGCCCAUGUGAACACAGCUGUGGCAAGCAUAGCAGGGUUGACUUGAUCUGCGGCUGGAUAUGUCACUCCACACUUCAUGUACCUAGAAAAGUCCUGAAUUACACCUGUUUCUUUGGGACCAUUCCAAAAAAAUAGGUAUUCUGUACUGUCGCAGUACACUCUGGACGGCUUAUCGGGAUUAACAGCAGAACAAUUAGGUCUGGCAGCGAAGGAGUUUCUUGUCUGCUCAAUCCAAUAUCCGGCAAAAAUGUACUCACCGCCAUGUUGGUCUCCGAAUCCGGCCAAGACAACAGUUUUGUUGAUUUCCCUCAGUUCUUUCAUGGUCGGCCACCUUCCUUGAAAAUGUUUCUGGCGCUCGAUUGGUGUUAAUACUUUAUUUCCCAGGUAUUUAGCAAUUGGACCAUUAAUCAGCUGGUCAUGGCCUUGGGUGUGACUGGCCCCAUCCUCAAAGUAUAUACGAAUGACCUCCUGGUAAUUUUUUGGCUGGUGCACCCACUCGCCAAUUUCUUUUAUGCCUUGUUCAAAUUCCCUGUCCCACGGUGCACACCCCCGGUACGCCUUAUCGUUAUUGUGACUCAUCAACAUUUUGCCGAAGCACCACCACGGGUCGAUUUCAAUGCCCCGCGCUCCCAUGUUAAGUAAAUCUGUGAAACUGAACUCCUGAUUGGCUAAAUCCAAGCAAAGAUGUCGGUAGGGGGGUGGCCAGGGGCAGUUGUCUACAUAACCAUACCCGUCGGCUCGGUCAUUGAAGGCGUUGUGCACGGAAACCAUUUGAAUCUGAUCGAAGGGCUGGUCGAUUUGAAUCUCUCUUUGCGAUUUUAGAGCGAAGGCAAGCCAAGGCGAAAUACGAGCUGUCCCCUUAACGCAUCUGCCGUGAUAACGGCAUGUACAGUUUGCAAGUUUGCUUAGUUGGUCGCAUUCUUCUUCAAACGGUCGAAUCUCUUUGAAUUCGCCGAAACUAAACUUGCCCCAGUUUAAGUUUUCCUCUUCAAGCGAAUGAUUGGAGAUUUUGACCUCAAAGGAGGCCUCUGUAAGGAAUUUGUCGCCUUCCGAAACCAGAACAUGAAACCAGUAGUGCGUGUCCUUACGCAACUCUUUUAAAUCAAGGAUCUGUCGGAGGCGGAAAAUUCUGUUCGAAUUCUCGCUGUAAUUCUCGACAGCAAUUUCGGCUGCUUUGGCCAAAGUGAAUAGUGUCCUUGGUGUGUGGAGAAACUGCUUUAAGGGACUGGAUAUAGUGGGCCGGGCGAAAUAAUCCACGUACUCUUUAACUUCCAUAUCCGUUGCAUCUUGAUCGACGAGAAACCGAACUGACUUGAAUUGGUCAUUUGAGGAAGAAGAUAAGUUUAUGAGAAUCACAAAAGCUGUGAAGAGAUAGAGGAGUCCAGAACAGAAUCUUUGCAUUGCCAUCUUAUGAUCAUCUACAAUCUGAAAUUUAAGUUUGAUUUUCUUUCAGUUUUCGGGGUAACUGAUCCUGGUGUGAUUUCCUCGUGGGAGGCAGACACAAAAGUAACGCAAUUUUUAACUUAUAAAUAAACAUUACUUUCUGGAUUUUUUUUCCUCGGGUUAUUGAAUUUCUACACGGCAGAAACUUUUGCCUUUCGUAGAUUUAUUUUAUAACUUAUAUAAGAACACAAGAGUCCUCAAUUCACUGGCUCGUAACACCAAUGGUUACUUAACCUUUAAUUCCCAUAAGUGAUUAAAAUUUAACUUCUCCUUAUAAUACUCAUUAAUUAUCCAGUAAACUGGUGAUGAGAAUACUCAAACUUUAAAGGAAGAAGUUGUUAUCUUGAUCAAACACUUAAUUCUCGUCACUAAUUUUCAAGGAAAUGUAUAGCAGUUAGAGAGGAGAAUUAACAAUCAGAUCUUGGGAGUUCAAAGGUUGACUGAGUCGAUUAUAGUAUCGCAACAGCAUCGCUCGGUCACAGGUUCAAAUCCUGUUCAAUAUUGCCAACAUUUUUCAGGGUACUCUUUGCAAUUUCAUUACGCAACGUAAUGAAACAAACCAACCGUUUAGGGUAUAGAGUGUAAAAAUAAAAAAUAAAAAACGGAACGAAACAGAAAUGAAGGGCUAAACGUCUGCCAGUUGUUUUCGCCGUCACUGAAUUUUCGCCUUCAUUCCAGACGAGAGCUAUUGCAUAACAAUGGAGACCAGAGACGUCAUUCUGAAUUUCCGUUUUGUCUCGGUUCGGUGUACAGUUAAAAAAUUAAGGAAAAUAUUCGAAACUCGAUGUGACUGCGUAUUUACUUCAUAUUUGAUAACCCAUGUAGUGUUUUACGUACCGGCGGAUGCAGCACAACAGUUUUUCUCGACACCUAUUUGCCUCAGUGAAGGAGAUAAGCGUUAGAAGCUUGCUGUGUCACGCCAUCGGCAGAUCUUUACCAUCAGUUUUGGCAACUCAUUCAAGAGGUUCGAAACACGGUCAGGAAAUGAAAAGAGGAAAUUAAUUCCAGACUUCACUUUCUAAAGAGUCAGUUAUGAAUUUAACGCCUCUUCUUUUGCAAUCGAAAACAAAGGUCAGAACCCAAUGUCAGAUGUAAAGUUAUGAUUUAGUGUUGAAGCUUUGCAUAGUUAUUCUCAUGUUUAAGUUUAAGGCCGGUGUCUGUCUAACAUACAUAUCAGAUAUUUUUAAUCACGGCAUCUGUCUAUACAACUUGACGAAUUGAAUACAGUAACUUACGGAUAGCAAGGUAUUUAGCCUCCCCCGCAAAAUAAAACGGAAAUGUUUCACUUAGGGGGGAGGGUGAGGUUACGGCUACGCGUAGACUAUACAGUGUCAAGAAUAUCGGGCCCUCGCUAUGGAAUAGACUACCAAAAGACGUAAGAGCUAUAGCCAGUCUUAAAGAAUAUAAAACGAGGGUGAGACGGUCAGAUAAGUCGAGACUUAAGAGUGAAGAAUGUGGAGCUGACUACUUUUAAUGCACAUCGUAGCUUAAAAAUGUAAAUAUUGGCAAUAGUAUUUUUAUCUAUUGCUUAACUUGUCUUUUUACUCAACGUUUACAAGUUUGUUUCUUACUCCUACAGUGUCCCCAGUUUGCAGUCAUGACUCAUAAUUAAAGUUAUUAUCUUAUAAGAUAGUCAUAUGGUUUACGGUAUGUUUCCUUCAGGUUUGCGCUUAAGUUAGAAAAACACACUUGCACACGAACACACACGCACAUAACGUAAACCAAGUUAACGGUUUGUGAUUACCGUCACCCUAAUGCUGGCCUCAGGGUUCAAGGUUACUUUCUAGGUCUAGCCCUUCCUGAUUGCAAAUUAUCGCUGAAUAUAUUUUUCUCCUUGCAGAUUCUAAUGACGACGAAUGGGAAGAUGUAGAUGACUGUAUCAGCUUGGACUCAGCUGAUGAAGAAGAAGUCCUACAAGAGGCAGCUCAAUAUGAUGUCGACAUGGUUAGAUUUUCCGCGGUUGUGCUGCAAAGAUGGCAUCUUUUAAAAAUAUGGAUACACAUUUUGUGUCUUAUAAUUAUUUCUGUUUUGUUUUUGUAUAGAAUUCUGAAAGUUUAUCCACGGAAAUGAUCAACGCGAUUGUCACGCAAGGAGUUCCAAAAAGGGUAAGUUGAAUUAUUAUUAUUAUUUUUCAUGAAAGGAUGUUUAUCUUGGGAUUGAGUUUUCUGUUAAUACUGAAUUUUGGAGCAGUUUAACUCGACUUGGUAAUAUAAUGAAGACAAUAAUUAUCACCGAAGUUUUACAUAACAAAGAAAAGUGUGGCCAUUCAAAAGAGUUCGAAAGGAAAAUAAUUUUCUGUAAGUUGUGGAGCUUGAUCGUCAGAUGUUUUUAUGUCGUACCCCUGUGGGCAGAGGGCUACAAAAGCGUAGGGCAGGGGUGAGGGUUUAUUCUAUAGCAGAGCGGUUUGCAAUUGAGUAUCGAAAAGAAUCUGAAAAUGCAUUCGUUUUGCCUACCUCGCUCUUUGAUUUUAUGAAGAAAACUGGCGCUCGACCAAUCAGAUACAAGACUGAAAACCAUCGUUAAUUGCUCACUCGCCGAAGUUAUUUCUCAUCAGGUUCUUUCGAAAUGUUCAUUUGGCGAAGCGACUAUGUAUGAAGCUUUGAGUGCUCAUGCUGACGGAGAGAAGCUGCUUCACAUGUAAGGCCCCUAACUAUGAAUUACUUGCUGUUGUUAGUGAUUUUAAGUGAUAUAACUGCAAAUAUACCCAUGCCUUUGUUUAGAGUGAAUGAGAAAUUCAAUCACGGUAUGAGGUUGUUACACAGCAUCUUAAUGCAUUUGCUUGCCGUCUACUCGUGAGGCAGAAGCCUUGAGCCUAUUCCGUACUCACACUCUAAACGCUCUGCAAUGUUGUCGUCCCGAUUUCGUUUUGAAGAACCAUCGUCAGUAGGGUUUACAGUCAAGUCGCCCGAGAGUCAUCUCGCCCGAAGUCAUGUCGCCCAAAACCUGAGUCAUGUUGCCCGAAAUUUUAAUAAUGUCGCCCAAAAAAAAGAGUCAAGUCGCCCGAAGAAACAAAUACUAAAGAGAUCAGAAUUUCAGACUGGUGUCGUAAAUGAAUCUAGUCAGUUUCCAAAGAAAAGAUUGAUAUAAUUCAAGCUAAAUCAAGCGCUAAAUCACCAUUCAGAGUUCAUAGAAUUUGAGAGAGAGAUAGGACCAGGCCUUUGUUAUGGCCUGGGGGAAGCAGGAUUUUUUUUUAGGGAUAUCAGAUGGUUGUCAGGGGGGAAGGGAGGGCGAUCAGUCGUUUGCCAACAGAAUAUAACGGGGGGACCUGUAGAAAAUUGACUGAGAGUUACAUGGAGAUCACAAACCAAAAUCCUCUGACCCCCAUCCCCCAGGGGAUGAACAAAGAUGGGUCUCUCAGAUAGAAUCUCUCGUAGCAUAUUAACCUUGCAAAGUUAAUGUUUUCUCUUGUCAGAUUAAGCACAGUACAAGCGAGGGCAUUGAUUUGCCUUAAUAACAUUGUGUCAGCCUUGGAUACAGACCUGCUGGGAGGAGAUGAAGCAUUGGGACAACUUUGGAAUUCGCUUUUCUCUCUAGCCUUUACAACAGACAGUAAGUGCGGAGAAAAAAAAAAGUAUAAUGGCUUUUGUGAUGUGUAUUGCGAGACAGAACAAUCAAACUAAAUCAGGUCUACGAGCAAGCUUCCUUAUAUUCGGUUUCGUCGGGUAUACACCAGUAAGAGAGAAAAUGGCAAACUUUUCACCGUGUGACAAAAACUUAGAACCAAAACCUAAACUCAGUGUUCAAAUAACCACUUCCGCCUUACAAUAACAACGGUAAUUUAAACAUUGUCUGUAAAAGUUCAUUCUUCCUUCGACGUCUCGCAUCUUCCGUUCCUCCCUUCAUUCUAGCCAAAGUAUUUGUUUCCCGCGAGGAAGACUUUUUAGAAGCCGCCACAGGAGUCCUUCGAUCAAUUAUGGAUAAAAUGUCCUCUUUAAAAGAGCCGCAAGUGAGUAUUGGGUUGGGUUAUGUUAACAGUGCUAAUACCUCCCUCCCCAAGGGCGGGGGGGUGUGGGGUGUGGGGUAAGACAAGGGACGUUUGUGUCACCAACGUCUCCAAACCUAGACCUCGGCAAGGUCAAAAUCUGCUCGUUACCCUAUCAUGUUUAAGGAUGAAUAAAAGAUGGCAUUGCAGCCUCGAGGAGCCAUUUGCAGUACAUUCAGACAGAAUAUGUGGAAUUAGCCCUAACCCUUAGCAAUUACUGCCCAUGGACAUCCACGCCCUGUUCAAGUCCUCCAGAAAAACACCCUGUUCAAUACGGUUACCAAUAAAAUGGAACGUCAUGUUUAAGAUUUAAGACUCUGAAAACCAUACUCUUGUGGGCGGUGCAUGCCUGUCAAGCCCAAAUGUGGGAGUGUCGGUAGGAUGAGCAUGUCACUUUAUCAAACCUCUUUAAGGCUAAAAACUGCGAAAUGAGCUGAGCUAAAUAUGUUCAGUUGGUGACGAAUUAGAGUGAGGGAAACGGACUGGUUGACAGAACUAUCUUUCAAAUACAUAUUGGAGUUUGAUGUAUCCUUUAGACUUUGCCAUAAACUUCACCAACGUCUGUUUGGAAUCUGGGAUAUAUCGGAUUUUGUACCUUUAUAAAUUUUUGUCACCAUUUUUGUUAUUAUUUUCAUUAUUUAACAAAAAUUAGGGGGUUUACCGGUACUCCAGACCCCCCCACAUCCUUCAGUUACACAUAGACUCUGAUAUUUUUACAACUGGUCAACUAUGUUGUUCUCGUAUCUCUCACAGUGCAUCACGACUGAACAUGUGACAACACUGUGUAGAAUCACGGCUGACACGUCAUGUGAAGCUGCUAAGGUCAAGCUGCUAAGCAUCCUGGGAAUCAUUGGCAAGAUGGCUGGCAAGAAGGACAACACUCUCGAGGUCCUAAAGGUACGUUGGUUUUUUUUUUUUCCCUUCUCAAGGCUAUCAUUUUGAACGUCUAGCGCAUUCAGCAUAAUGUUCGAAAGAGUUCUGGAAACAUGUAGCUGUUGUUGAUUGAUUAUCUUGCUUGAAAAGAAACUUAAGCCAGUGGUGUUACCCAGAGCAUAAGGUGCUAUUUCAACUGAAUGAACUUCUUAAAAUGCCAUGUACCAAUUCAUCUUCAAACGUUGUGCCUCAAAAUUAUUGUUUGAUUGUUUGAUAACUUCAUUUAUAUACGGUUACAAGUUCCUUCCGCAUAAUUUGCAGGUUAAACAUCUAAUUCUUCCUAGCUCAUUUAACAAAUAAAUGAGAUAAAAUCUAUCAUGUCGAAAGGUUGCUAUUCAAAGAUGCCGUUUCUCAUUCGAAGCUGUGGUGACGCUUUGUGUACACAAUGGAAGUUUGCAAAGAACCACACUUUUCGAUUCCAACUCUUAUAAGAUUUGAUGGAUUACAUUCCAAUUUUUUUUUAAAAAUCCUUCUCGUUCUAGUUGACCUCAUGAUUAUUCACUUCUGGGCAAUUUACAGAUCCAUAUUUCGAAGAUUCAGUCGUGAUUGCCUUCCUUGGGACUCUUAUGUUUAUCAAUCAUAAGUUCUUCACGUUAUUUCUUGUUUCAAAAAUUCUGAUUGCAAAGAUAAUUUGAUUACUGUUGUCCUUUCAGUCCCUUGGUGUCGUGUUUCGUGACAUCAUUGUCGGUGAUCACAGUUUAUGGUUGAUAUCUGAAGCGCUGGACGCCGUCUUUGAUACGUUUGCGGACGGACCGUUGGUCAACACUGCUGCAGAUUCAGUUGGCCUUAUGCCAAACUUAGUGGAGCUGGUACCAGUCCUCAAGAGCAGGGUAAGGAGCGGUUUGAUUGGUCAAUCCGAGAAUGACUAUUUGUGAUAGUGUUUCAAUUGUCAAAUGUUAACGAUUUUUACCAGUUAACGGGAAUUUUCAACGAACCUUCAAACCCAAGCCGCUCCAAAAAUUGAUGAUAACAGUAACAGUAACUCAAUAUGAUAUGAAGAAGCUCUUUGAAUUAGAUUAUUUGAAAUUGCAAUCGAAUUCGUGCGUAUUUUCUUGAAAGCUUCCUGUUACUCGUUUCUUCUUUAGAUAAAGACUGAACGAAGAACUCUGGGAGACCACUUCCCUGUGAUAGAUGCUGCGAGGGUAAACCUGACCAGAUUCAUAAAAUAUAAAUUCAAAGGCCAUUAGGAACUUGGUGGCACAAACGGCCAGCUUGCCGGUUGUACAGCGAGGAUUACACUCUGAUGAUAUUUGUCUACCUUCUACUCUAUACUGAUAUCAACUACCAAUUUAACACGUGCAGACAUCACGACCAUACACUAAACACGUACAGUUGCUUUUCCAGAAAAUUUGUUUGGAUUCAACUUCUAGGGAUCGGCAAUCGUGGAAGCAUUCUUUAAAGACCAAUUUUUUUGGGUCAAAAUUUAGCUUCAUUUGACGACAAGUCGUCACGUAGCAUGAAAAAGUGGCAACCUACGACUCUUCUCUCUCCUCGAUUUAUGUUGUUGUUAUGUUUUGCAAAAGAGUGUUUUUUGCAUAAGACAAUAACGUCACAACAUUUAUUGAAAGAAGGAGGAAAGGAAGGCACUGUGUGCGCGUGAAUGAAAAAUGACUGAAAAUUUUUAAACAUAUUAAUCACUCCGCAAUUGAAGGACCUGAAACCUUGUUAAUUUAUGGCUCUACUAAGUAGAGACGGGUUCCAAUGAAUUUAGAAAGAGGGUUUUUGUGUUAUUUUAAGUCUUACAAUAUAACAAAUCUACUAUAUCGUGCUCUUCUCCAAUAUUUUCUUGCUUAUUCAAAUGACAUACUAGAUACAACAAUUCAAUAUGAUCGUUCGUCUGGUGUACUGAAUGUAAAUAGUAAUAUGAAGUCUACUUCAUAAAUGCUGAAAUAUUCAUUAAUUCUGUUCCUUUGCGUCACUGGUAAACUCCAAAUUUUGGUUACUAGAAAUUUUGCUGACUUUUUUUCUAGAUUUGCCUACGAUUUACUUUUCGUAUCUCUGUUCUUUGUGUUUCCCUUUUUGUUAUCAAAUUGGAUCACCAGCCUUUUGAAGUAUCCUUGGGAUUGAUCCUUAUUCAUCACCUGUGAAAGGGGGGUCGGACGACUACAGUUUGUUACGACGAAAUUUACCUGAUCCUCCUCUAAGGCCCUGUAAUAUCCAUAUGAUCCCCUCUGACUGGUAGUCAUAUUUCUUUAGUCCUUCCCCCCCUUUAUACUCUGUUGGCGACGACUGAUUUCCCCUUCCUUCCCCCUUGAAAAAUCAUGUUAUCCCCUUAAAAAUCUUCCUCCACCCCAC